UAGCAUAGAAUAACAUAAGACCUACAGAUUGUGCUUUCACUGCUCCACAUGCAAAAAUUAAGGAUCCUCGAUUUUGGCCUCAUUUCGAUGGUGCCAUCGGCGCAAUAGAUGGCUCACAUAUUCCAGUCAUUGUUCCAGCAUCAGAGUGUGUGAACCACAUCUGUCGACAUGGGUACACAUCUCAAAAUGUAAUGGCAGUUUGUGAUUUCGAUAUGAGGUUUACAUUUAUUGUUGUUGGCUGGCCGGGCUCGGCGCAUGACACAAGGAUUUUGAAUCAUAGCUUGGUGGAGCAUGCUCACAAGUUUCCUGUACCUCCUGAAGGAAAGUACUACCUUGUAGAUUCCGGCUAUCCAAAUUGGAAAGGAUAUCUUGCUCCAUACAAAGGCCAAACAUAUCACCUACCGGAAUUUCGUUGUGGACAACCACCCAUAGGGAAGUAUCAUGCACAUUCUUCACUUCGGAAUGUGAUAGAGCGCUCCUUUGGUGUUCUCAAGGAAAAGUGGCGUAUUUUGAAGGCUAUCCUGCAUUACAGUCCUCGUAGGCAGAAGAAAAUUAUUGUUGCUUGCAUGGUGCUUCACAAUUUUAUUCGAGAUACCGAGUUACGUGAUGAGGAGUUCGACAAAUGUGACGAGGAUGAGAACUAUAUGCCAGCGAAGGUUGCAGGUUCCAUACCAUUGUAGGGGGACACGGUCUCAUCCUCACUUGAUGGGUUCAACAUGAACACCUUUCGCGAUGCAAUUGCAAACUCCAUAAUGAGUGCGAGAGAAGCAUAGUUUUAUUUGUUAAAUGUAGGUAAUGUCUCAACAAGUGAUGUCCUUUUUGUGAAUGUCUAAUUACUGGACAUGUAAUGACUAUGUGCGAUGAUGUCCUUUUGUGAGUGUCUAAUUACUGGACAUAUAAUGACCUUGUACGGACAACUAAUG